ACCAGCCAAGAGGGCAAGCAGAGAUAUCACUCUCUACUGAUUCUGUCUGUGGCCCUCACUGACUUCAUCUCGGUAUCACAGCUGUUACAAUGUCUUCUGCUGCGAUUGCUUUGACUUCGCCAGCUCCGGCCAAAUCUCCUAAAAAGAGAGCAAAGUCACCGAGGAAGAAAACUGGCCUGACUGUGUCAGACUUGAUACUGAAGGCUCUGUCCACAUCCACACAGCGUGGCGGUGUGUCUCUGGUAGCCCUGAAGAAGGCUCUGAAGGCCGGUGGAUAUGAUGUGGUGAAAAACAAUGCCAGGAUUCUCAUCGCCGUGAAGCGCUUGGUGACCAAAAAGUCUCUGGUCCAGACCAAGGGCAGCGGGGCUUCGGGCUCUUUCAAGCUCAACAAAAAGCCCCCCACACCUAGGAAGAGGAAGGUGGUGAGAAAGAAGAAGCCAAAGGCGAAAAAGGUCAAGCGGGCCAGCGUCAAGAAAACAGCAGCAGCAGCAGGAGCCACUCCUGCAGCCAAGAAGUCCCCCAAGAAAAGGAGAAAGUCAAAGAGCCCGAAGAAAGCCAAGAGACCCGCUGCGGCCAAGAAGCCCAAGAAGCCAAAGAGCCCAAAGAAGACCAAACGCAGAGUCUCCAAGACCAGGUCUGUUGCCAAGAAGUGAAUGCUCUUCCACUGAACACUAAAUGCCGGUCUUUGUGGACUCUAUGCGGACUGAGCUGCAUUCAAGUCAAGCUUUAAGUAGUUUUUUUUUUCUAAAGUAGAAAAAAUGAACUCGCAGUUUGUACAAGCCUUUCUUUCCUGCUUCCUGUCAUGAUGUUCUAAUGAACUGAAUAGCACUUGCUUGAAAUAAAAUUAUUUUCAUUUA